AUGGUAAAAGGAAGUGUGCUCGAUAUGGUCACUAACGAGAGAGAAAUUGAUGGAGGGACCUUGCGAUCAGGCGUCAAUCCAGAAGAAAUUUACAUUGUCCUAGUAGACUUUGAAGCUGUUGGGGUGGCAAAUACGAUGGACUUGACAAGUUCCUUGUCAAUGCCAGCAUUCCGGUCUAGGAGGCUCUCGAUCGGGCUGACGUUGAACCGUAGGGGUCAACGUAAGAAUCUACGCAUGCCCUUUCCACCCUGCCGAUGCCUUCCCUCGCCCUGUGGCAGUAAAAAAAAAUUGCCACCUCUUCUUACUCAAGCCCUGUCCACGUCUCCUCCGUUACUCCUGUAUCGUCGAAACUCGCGUUUCUGUGAUAUAUUGUGGGAAACGUUAUCAUCGGCAAACUCCGAGAUUUACGCUACCGUUAAGUUUCGAGUACGAUUGCCUGCGCUCAAUUCACCGUUAUCCACCAAUUACAACUGA